AUAAUUUCCCAUCUGAUUCUAUAUCUUCAAAUGACUCAGAGAAGUAACCCCAAAAAUAAUCUGUAAAGAAAAAAAGAAAGAGAGAGACUUUUUUUCCAAGAUUUAUUUUUCACUCCAUUGAAUUAUUUCAUGGGGUUUUGUUAAUAGUCUCUCUCUCUUUUCUUGGAACAUUAGGGUUAUUUUCACCAAAGAUUGGAUCUUUUUGAGAAUCAGUGUAAAGGGUCUUUGAUUUUGCAGGUUCAAGAUGGUAGGAUCAGACGAGAAUUGCCAAGGUGUUAUCAUGGCUUCAAAUGUUCAAGGGGCUGGAGGAGGAAAAGUGACAAUGGGGCAUAAUAGAAGGGCUCUAAGUACAAUAAAUGGGAAUAUAGUUGAAGCUCCAGCAUACCCUUGCAAAGUACACAAGAGAAAUGGCAUCACUGACAAGAGCGCGAAUGGUGUUAAGAAUCCUCCCAUUCCAAUUCAUCGACCGGUAACGAGUAUGGGGGAUUCUUGCUGCUUCAGGAAAUUUGCUGCACAAAUGGCUACCAAGCUGCAGCAACCAACGGUAACAAAGCAGCCAGUCCAAACAGCAACUGAUAGAAAUGAAUCAGAAGACCGCAUCAUUAUUGAUGUAGAAGAUUACAAGGCCACAAGUGACUAUGAUCCUGUGCCAAUGUUUGUGCAACAUACAGAAGCAAUGAUGGAGGAAAUUGAUAGGAUGGACGCAGAGACGGAGAUGGAAGAUGUAGAGGAGACACUAAUUGUGGACAUAGACAGUGCUGAUAAAAAGAACCCACUUGCAGUUGUGGAGUACAUUGAUGACAUGCAUGCUUACUACAAGAAGACCGAGAGUUCUAGCUGUGCCCCUCCAAAUUACAUGGAACAACAAUUUGAUAUUAAUGAGAGGAUGAGAGCUAUUCUCAUUGACUGGCUGAUUGAGGUACAUUACAAGUUUGAUCUGAUGGAAGAGACUUUGUAUUUGACCGUAAAUCUUAUCGAUAGAUUCUUGGCAGUCCAACAAGUGAUUAGGAAAAAACUCCAGCUUGUUGGGGUAACAGCUAUGCUUCUAGCCUGCAAGUAUGAAGAAGUUUCAGUUCCUGUCGUUGAGGAUCUUAUUUUGAUCUCUGAUAAGGCUUACACCAGAAAAGAAGUGCUUGAGAUGGAGAAGUUGAUGAUCAAUACCUUACAGUUCAACCUAUCAGUGCCUACAGCAUAUGUGUUUAUGAUGCGAUUUCUUAAAGCUGCUCAGUCUGAUAAGAAGGUGGAGCUCCUGUCUUUCUUUAUGACUGAACUAUGCCUCGUUGAGUAUGAAAUGCUUAGGUUCCCACCUUCAAUGCUAGCUGCUGCGGCAAUAUUUACUGCCCAAUGUGCUCUAAGUGCGCCUAACGAGUUGAGUAAAACUUGUGAGAAGUAUAGCCACUACACUCAAGAUCAGCUUUUGGAGUGCUCAAGACUGAUGGUUUCUUUCCAUCAGAAGGCUGCAAUUGGGAAGCUUACUGGUGUAUACAGAAAGUAUAGCAUCUCUAAAUAUGGAUUUGUUGCAAAAUGCCCACCUGCUUCUUUUCUUUUAGAGGCAUGCUUUUAGCACAUGAUGUUACUUGCAACUGCUGACGGAAUGUUUUUGGAGUGGAGAGCAACUGAGCAACAUAAGUUGCCUCUGGCAAGUCGGAUUAGAUUUUAGUUUCAGUGGAUAAUGAAAUCUGUUUUUGUUGCUACUAUACCAAGAUCCCAAGUACUUUUACAAAUUGUUGCUACUAUUUUGUGAAUCUAAAAGCUGUUUAGAUCCUUAUCUCUGAUAUAUUUACCUCA